GAUCUCAGUCACAAGGUUGGCACAGAGCAGGGCCCUGCAGGACACACAGCGGAGACAGCUCCUGGUUACUCAGAGAAGAUGAACUGGGGCUUUUUGGAGAAUGUCCUCAGUGGGGUGAACAAGUACUCCACUGUGGUUGGCCGCGUCUGGCUCUCUGUAGUCUUCCUCUUCAGGAUACUGGUGUAUGUGGCGGCGGCUGAGCAGGUGUGGAAGGACGAGCAGAAGGAUUUUGUGUGCAACACCCAGAAACCCGGCUGUGAGAACACCUGCUUCGACUACUUCUUCCCCAUCUCACAGGUGCGCCUCUGGGCUCUGCAGCUCAUCAUGGUGUCCACCCCGUCCCUUCUGGUGAUCCUACCUGUGGCCUACAGGGAGCACCGGGAGGCCAAACUCAAGCGAAAACUGUACGCCGACAAAGGGAGCAUUGAUGGAGGUCUGUUCUGCACCUACAUCAUCAGCCUGGUCUUCAAGACAGCUUUUGAGGUGGGCUCCCUGCUUGCGUUCUACUUCCUGUACAAUGGCUUUGGGGUGCCCAUCUUGCUCCGCUGCAGCCAGAGUCCCUGUCCCAACACGGUGGACUGUUACAUUGCCAGAGCCACAGAGAAGAAGAUCUUUCUCUACAUCAUGGGCUGCACCUCCAUUCUGUGUAUUGCUCUCAAUUUUGUGGAGCUCGUGUACAUUGUAUGGAAGCAGCUGUUGAAAUAUUUCACCAAGCGGUACAUCCCGGUGGAAAAGAAGGCUUACAGCCGCUGCCAGUCCCCUGUUUCUAAUGUCAACAAGCUUGUCUGCACUGAGCACACAGUAAACACAGAGGACAGCAGCACAUAGCCACCAUUCCAUGCUGAAACCUGCCAGUCCAGUCCCACAGGGCUGGAUGGAGCACAUUCUCCACCUCAAAGUGAAACAAAAAGCUAACACAGUUGAAUGGUACAGAUGGCAUACAUUGAGAAAGGCUGAGCUGUCAUUUCAUUUAUCAGUGUGAACUGAUAUUAAACCAGUCCAAACACUAAUGAAAGACGGGCCAUUACACUUUGACUUGUCUGGAUGAAACCUCCAGUUUAGGAGCAACCUUUCUAUCUAAAGAGCCACUUUCGGCCAGAAAGAAAAAAAUAAACUUGUUUGGAGCCGUAAAAAUUUUUUUAGCCCUUUAAAUGCACAGGACUCUGCUACUGAGUUUAGCAGCAGGAUGUGGCAUGAUGACAAAGUGUUUUACAUUUUUUAUCCGAUGUAUAUGCUACAUGUUUUUACAGUUGAAUACUUCUAGGAUUACUUUAGGCUUACAAUAGUGAUAGAAAAAUGUUAUUUAUUAAAAUGUUUUGACAAAGUAGGUGAGCCACUAGAGAGGGGCAAAGGAGCCGCAGCCUGCAGACCCCUGACUUAGACUUUUAAUCAUGUUGAGGUUUGGACUCUUGGCUGGAUACAACAGGCAUGGGGAAGCUUUUCACUAUUAUCAGAUUCUUUACAAACUAAACAAACAAUGGAUUAGUGGAGAAAAUAAUCAGCAAAUUGAUCCAGAUGAAAAUAAUCAUUAGCUGCAGUCUGAUACUAAAGAGUUCAAACUCUGCUACAGCUCAACAACUACAGCAGCAACAUCCUGCUUUACAUAUAUAAUAGUACACAUAGUAUAUAGUAUAUACCAGUCACGGGGACAUUUUACUGCUUCAAUACUUUAAGGACAUUUUCCUGAUAAUACUCACUUAAUCUUACUUUCUUUUUACAUGAGAAAGAGUAACAGAGUGUGAUAUUGCUACUUUUAACAGGUUAUCACUUGACAAAAGUCCUUGUGAGAUACUGUAGUUUGUUCUAGAUAUCUUGAGAACACUUUUGACCAGACAUCUCUCUCCAGUUAUUUUGUGACUAUGGGGGCCCAAAAUGUUCAAUAUAAAACAAAUAAAAAUGUUAUUCCAUACUAUUGUUUUCACAAGAUAGGAUUUUUAUUAUACCAUUUUCACCAAUCUGAUUUCAUAAUUGAACGACUGACUAGCUCUGUGCUGUUUUGUCUUGACAAAGCACAAAAAACACACUUUGAAAGAAAAUCUUCUGGAAUAUUUGAAAUGAUCAUAAUGCUCUGUGGUAUUCCUGCUUGUCUUUUAAUAUAGAACACUACUAUCACAAUGUUGUUAGAGAUAUCCAGAUCAGAUGUAAUCCUGACCUGAUGCUGGACAUCAGUGCUUUGUAUUUAGACUGCUGUUUAGUUCUUAAGAUGAAUCACAAGAGAAAUGUGCGAUUACCAGCAGAUAUCUGUUACUCACCACAGAAAACUCUUUCCAGUUAACCUCAUUUUGCUAAUAAUAUUUUAAUUCAUAAAUACAUUUGUUGACUCAAUGCCUCAAAAAUGUAUCAAGUUAUCUCUGAUGUAGUUUUAGAAAGUCAAAUUAAACUAUUUUGUGCCACAGAAGUAAAACAAGACUAAAACUAAAAAAGUUCUAAAAUGACAGCGUCACUCUCCACCUAACUCAUCAAUGUGCUGAUCAAAGAUUGGCUAACAAUCUUUGAUCAGUCACACGUGUGUAUUCUGAAAGUCAGUCAUCACAGUGUGAACGUGUUCUUGUUCUUUUAUGGUUCUUGACAAUCUGUUCUGUUGUUUAGCAACACUACACUUUUUUAAAGUUAAAUAAGAAUUAAAGUUAAGAUAAGUUAGCUGUUAGUUAAUCAGUCUUUCCCAACUUUGUAUAGGUGCUGUUUCUGUUAACCUGGUGGAUUUUCAUUCCUGCUAUUCACAUGCUACAACUGAACAUGUUAAGUGCAAUAAUAAAGUCUUAAUGUAUACACCUUGAAA